CGACGAAGUCAAGGAUCAAGAGGAAGAGGUUUCCUUUUCCUCUAAACAAACGCUUUUUUUUUUUUUCCUAAUUUUCUCUUUUCCCCUGGUUUUCAUUUUUCCUGCCAUUUAUAGAUUUUCUUUUUCUCCCUAACGUUCUUGAAAUGGCGUAGUUUGGAGAAAGGAGACGAAUCGAUCAUCUACUCGGCCGUUCGUUCUUUGCCGCUGUUGUUUUUCGAUUUCCUUGAUUUGCCGGAGAAGAAGAGCUGAUUCCGGCCAUGAAAACCUCUCUCCGACGGUUGCGAGGGGUUCUUCACAAGCAUGAUUCUAAAGGCCGGACAGAUCUUCAAGGUCUGGUUCAGAAAGACGAGCUAGCCCAGGCUUCCCAGGACGUGGAAGACAUGAGAGAUUGCUAUGAUAGCUUGCUCUCUGCUGCAGCUGCUACUGCAAAUAGUGCAUAUGAAUUUUCUGAAUCUUUGCGAGAACUAGGUGCUUGUCUUCUUGAGAAAACUGCUCUACAUGAUGAUGAAGAAAGUGGCAGAGUGUUGCUUAUGCUGGGGAAAUUGCAGUUUGAACUGCAAAAACUUGUUGAUAAAUAUCGGUCUCAUAUAUUCCAAACAAUCACAAUCCCCUCAGAGUCACUUCUUAAUGAACUCCGCAUAGUUGAGGAAAUGAUGCGUCUCUGUGAUGAGAAAAGGCAUGCUUACAAGACAGAGAGGGAGUUAUGCUUCUUCAAAAAAGCUCUUAAUUCCCUUGAAGAAGUAGAGCCACAUGUACAGAUGGUAACCGAGUCGCAGCAUAUUGAUUACCAUUUCAGCGGAUUAGAAGAUGAUGAUGGGGAUGAUGAAAUAGAAAACAAUGAUGACGAUGGUUCUGAGGUGCAUGAUGAUGGAGAGCUGAGUUUUGAAUAUAGAGUGAAUGACAAGGAACAAGAUGCGGAUUCUCUAGCUGGUGUCUCCUCAGAGUUGGGUCAGUCAGACAUCACAUUUCCACGUAUUCCAGGACCAGAUACUGCACAGGAAAAUGCGGUAGGAAGCUACAGGAAGUCUCAUUCUUAUAGGAGAGGGAGCCAAUCAGCACCACUUUUUCCGGAGAGCCUCACAACUCCCCCUUCAGAGAAACUGUUACGGAUGCGAUCGUCUCUGACACGGAAAUUCAGCACUUACGCACUGCCAACACCUGUGGAAACAACAAGAAGUCCCUCGUCUGCUACUACAAGUCCAGCCAAGGCUUCAUCUAAUCCCGCAAAGGCAAUCACUAAACAGAUUUGGUUUUCAUCCCCACUGGAAGCUCGUGGACCUGCAAAGGCUCCUUCUAGAUCAAUGGCAGCCUUGAAAGAACAGGUCCUGAGGGAGAGUAACAAGAACACAUUUUCUCGCUUGCCUCCGCCUUUCUCAGAUGGACGCUUGUACUCUCGUCUCGGGACACUCAAGAGACGAUCCUUCUCUGGCCCGCUGACAAGUAAACCUUUACCCAACAAGCCUCUCUCUUCAACACCUCACCUAUAUUCGGGUCCAAUCCCGCGGAAUCCAGUUUCUAAGCUACCAAAAGUCUCGUCGUCAUCUCCAACAGCUUCCCCUACUUUUGUCUCGACCCCGAAAAUAAGCGAGCUCCAUGAGCUUCCUAGACCACCACCACCAAGCAGCUCUGCUAAGUCCUCCAGGGCAUUUGGAUAUUCAGCACCUUUGGUUUCGAAGAGCCAGUUGCUUAGUAAACCGCUUAUUUCAAAUUCAGCUUCUCCUCUCCCAAUACCACCUGCAAUCACUCGUAGCUUCUCUAUACCUACUAGUAACCUUAGAGCAGCAGAUUUAGAUAUGUCUAAGACGAGUCUGGUUGCUAAUAAGUUAGGCUCUGCCUCGCCUCCUUUAACCCCAAUGUCAUUAGUCCAUCCACCUCCAUCGGCUCUUCCCGAGCGUGCAGACUCCAAACAAGAGAGGAGGAAUUAAGGUGUAAAAGAUGUUUGUUGUAGCUGCAUAAAAGCUUUUUAUAGGAGGAAGACAUUCCCUCUAGUUGCAGAUAUGUAAAUAUCCUCCUGUUUCUGUUUUGGGAAUGAUUGGCAAACAAAGAGGCAAACACAUUUAUAAAUAAGUGCCUAGGAAUUUUGGUUAUUUAUAAUUGUAUAAUGCUCAAAUUAAUGUCUUGAGUUUCUUUUGUCUGGACACAGAAUCAACGACAUUUUUUUAUGGUAUUAUUCACAAAGUUCAGAGUGUGGUGGUAUCUAGAAAACAUUAACGAAACUUGUGGGCUUUGUUCAUUGAUGUAAGAUCUGCGUUUGCGUUUAUUGGAUAUGAUUUGCAAUAUAUAAGCUGUCACCAAAUUGUUGCACCA